GAGAGAGAGAGAGAGAGAGAGAGAGAGAAAGAGCGAGUGAGAGAAAAAGACGCGUACUGUUGGCAGUUGAAAAGUUGGCAGUCAACAGUGACUGACUCUGGUUCAGUAGAAUAGCCUUCACGGACAGACACAUAGAAUUUAAGUACUACAUUAGUUAUGUCAGCGCGCGCCCUGUCCAAGCGCUUCGAGUAUUUUCAUUUGCUCCGUAUAAUGUUACGGCUGUCAACUUUCCAGCUACCAAUUAUGUAAUACUUUUAAUGUAUGUAUAGGAAAUAGAGCCACACUCCACUUGUACACCGCGUACUUUCGAAAGAAUUCGUCAGUUCCUAUACGUAUAAAUUUUGCGCAUAAAGUACGGUCAAUUCGAUAUACAUGAAUAUAUAUAUAUAUAUAUAUGUAUAUAUACAUAGCGUAUAUACAUUCACAAUAUAUAUAUAUAGCGUACUACGCGUACUCGAUUCAAGCGGAGUGUGAAUUCAAAUUCGAAAUUCGACAAGCGACACGUGGCUUAACUGAAAUAGUACAGUUUACUUCUUAUUCCGAUCGCUGUUGCCGUUUUUGCCUUAUCGAAUCUUUGCAAGCGAGACGUAUAACGUUUAUUUUAUUUUUUCAAUGUCGCUAUAGAAAUUAAGCGUGUUAAAAGAGAAAGCAAAAGAUUUUAAAUAUGUACAUUUCAUUUAUUCUGCUUACGAUCGCUGUGACCGCGCGGGCGAACCGCAGCGGUUCGUUUCACGGGGCAAGAACGGCGCAAACGCACUCGAUCAUCCGAGUUUUAACAAAUCCCUCCCUCCCCUGUUCAUACGUACGUUAAGUUUACGAUAAUCUAGUUUAGUUUUAUAGGAGAAAAACAAAUUAUCGAAUAACCACUAUUUAAAUCUGCAAUUGAAUCUAAACAAACAAAAGAGAAAAGAGAGAGAGAGAGAGAGACGGUUAACAUCGAUUAAAGUAACGACUUGUCGUCAAUACAAUUAAUAUAUUACACUCUUGAGUUUUAACCGUACGAAGGCACGCUGCCUCCUGGAACUAGUUCGAGAAAAUUCCAUACAAAAAAUUACCCAGAAUACUUUGCUGCUACAAAAUAUCAUUGUCCGAAAGAAAAUAGAGCAACUUUUGGUUCGAGGGACUGCAGCGUGCCAUUGCAUAGUUAACUUUGGUAUUUUGUCACGCUGUGUUAUAAUUUUACGCUGUUUCGAGAAAUGGGGAUUUUUUCGUCGGUACUUUCCUUAUGUUUUUUAUCUCGUUCAGGAACGGCUGUAUCCUGUGGAAACAGAGUGCACUGGAUUUUUAAUUUUACCAGAAGCAUAAUAAACACGCUCGAAUGCCAAAGCGACGAAGCGAAAUCGUUCGUCGGUUUACUUUUGUUCUUCUAGCACUCUCUUCUACUAAAGCAAACGAGGAGUCGCUCAGUUUUCAUUUCCGAAUGUGAACCGCGGGAUUUAUUACUUGUAAAAUAAACUAUUUUGACAUGGUUGAGGUAUGACAAUAAAAUUAGUCAAAGUGCACCGAACUGCAAUUUGUUUGAAAACCUCGUCGUAGACCGCCGGAGCUCUCAUUGCCAAACGGGAAACGAUCGUUCACUUUGUACCGUGCGAACUCAUGUUUUUCGACCUCAUAAUUUUGCAAUGUUUGUCGUCGAGAUUCUGCGAUGCGAUAGCUAAAUGGUAAAACAGAAAAAAAGCAACAGAUUGUUCUUCUAUACGUGGACACGACACGAGACACUCGCGCGCAUCCGCAUACGAUGUAAUAGCAACACGUAUGGUUUACAAACACAAAGAAUAAAAAGCCUUGUAACAACACGAAAAUAACAGUGCUGUAUAGACUCAACUGAAGGAAAGGCAAAUACAAUUUCGUUUGUAUCAAGAGCGCGGAUUAUUCGAAUGAAUUCAUCCCUAUCGAAUUGCUCAGAUCGGAUCGAUGCGAUGUUUAUAUAUAUAUGCUACCGAUUCUGCAUUCGGCGGACUAGCUCGUAUUCAAGCUUUGGUCUUAUUAUUUCAUUUCCGAGGAUUCAAAUUAAUGUUCAAGCUAAGAAAACAAUUUCCUUAAGGUCUUUAAUGAUUUAUUACAUUUUAAAAGAUCGUUGAAUUUGUAAGCGUUACGUAUGUCAAUUAUCGAUUGAAAAGAUGAAAAAGAAGAAAGAUGCUGAACGAAAAAAAAAACAAGAUUUAAAGAACAUUUUGACAUCUGGCAUUUCGGAAUAUCUCACAUCGAAAUUAAUAGGUUAUGUUCGGAAUUCUAAAAUCUUCGAGCAAGCGUUAAGCGUUAAGCGAGUUCGCAAGGUAUUAUUUGCAACUUUAUUCGUACAUGUUCAAAAUUUAAAAAAUGUUAUGGCACAAGCGCGCACCUAUUCUGACAAAUAUAUCAGAGAGGUCUCUGCGUAUACAUAUGUAGACAUUACUUUCUUUUCCUGCCUACGAUCCGUUUAGAGUCGGACGCGUGUCAUAGUCGACAUAAGUGACAUCGUUGUGUUAAAGAAACGUCUUGCAUUGAAUUUGAAAUUAAUAGUAAGUUUAACGAUGGAUCAAAUCGAAGAAUUACAGCGUCGAAUAAGACAGCUCGAAAGUCAAUUGUCGCAGGAACGGAAUCAAUCGACCAGAGAAAAAAUAAGACAUAUGUCGAGCGAGGUGGUUGAUUCGAACCCUUAUAGUCGCUUAAUGGCUCUAAAGCGUAUGGGCAUAGUGGACAAUUACGAAAAGAUAAGAGAACUUACAAUUGCCAUAGUUGGCGUGGGUGGAGUUGGAAGUGUAACUGCAGAAAUGCUCACAAGAUGCGGCAUUGGAAAGCUGAUCCUGUUCGAUUACGAUAAAGUAGAGAUGGCAAACAUGAAUAGACUCUUUUUCCAACCAUAUCAGGCUGGUCAAAGCAAAGUUGAAGCAGCAGCAAAAACAUUACAAUACAUUAAUCCAGAUGUGGACAUUGAAACACAUAAUUAUAAUCUCACUACUGUGGACCACUUUGACCAUUUUAUGGAAACUAUAAGUAAAUCAAGUUUAACUGGAGGGCCAGUAGAUCUAGUACUGAGCUGUGUAGAUAAUUUUGAAGCCCGUAUGGCAAUUAACACUGCCUGCAACGAGCUAAAUCAAAAGUGGUUUGAAAGCGGAGUUUCAGAAAAUGCUGUUUCUGGACAUAUUCAAUUUAUUAUUCCCGGGGAAACAGCUUGUUUUGCGUGUGCUCCUCCAUUGAUAGUAGCGGAAAAUAUAGAUGAAAAGACAUUAAAACGAGAUGGUGUGUGUGCAGCAUCCUUACCUACAACCAUGGGAAUUGUGGCUGGAUUUUUAGUUCAGAAUGCGUUGAAGUAUCUUUUAGAUUUUGGCGAGGUCUCCUACUACUUAGGCUACAAUGCAAUGCAGGAUUUCUUUUCUAAAAUGAUAUUAAGACCGAAUACGAACUGCGAUGACGGAUAUUGUAGAGAACGCCAACAAGAGUAUGCGAAGAAACCAAAACCUGAGCCAAAAGUAGAAGUUAUCGAAGAUAAACCAUUGCACGAAGACAAUGAAUGGGGAAUUUCAUUGGUCGACGACCAAGAUGAACAGGAGAACGAGACACCAUCGUUUACGUGCACGAAGGAAGCUCACAGUUCAUCAUCUCAAUCAACCGAUUCCAAAAUUGAUAGCAUACAAUCCGAUUCCGGUCCAACUCUUGAGGAUCUAAUGGCACAAAUGAAGUCCAUUUGAAUUUUAUUUAAUUUUCGUUGAGAACUUUUUUCUUAAAUUCGAGCGAAAUCAAGUCUCUCAUUUUGCUGUGGAAAACCAUUAUAACAAGAA